AUGACAAUCGAUAAGACUUGGGUGACCAUGAGAAAUCGUAAGGAUCCUGCUUACUGGGAAGGUCUCCAAGUCUUUAUGGCACUCGCGUCUAAACACAAAGAUUGUGACGGAAGAAUUUUCUGUCCUUGUGUUAGAUGCAAGAAUACCAGACUGCAUCCUUUAGAUACUGUGGAGGCACAUAUUUUUACCAAGGGUUUUGAAAGCAGUUAUGAGAGGUGGACUUACCAUGGGGAGCCAGAUGAACCAAUCGAGGCUAACAAUGCCGAUGCCGAUGAGAUGGUUGAUGUCAUUGAAGAUUUCUUUCCUCCUAUAAAUGACGAUGGAAGAGCAACCGACGAUGGAAUUCAGAGGGGUCAAUAUUAUGAUGAGAUGUUUGAGGAGAUCGAGGCAGAGUUGUACCCCGGUUGUGAUUGGAUAUCCUCCCUCAACUUUGUAGCAAAGUUGAUGCACUUAAAAAAUUUGGGAAAAAUACCAAAUUAUAUCUUUGAUGAAUUGUUGAAAUUGUUGAAGUUUGCAUUUCCGAAGGAAAACAAAAUCCCUCCAACAUUCUAUGAGGCGAAGAAGAAACUAAGUAAAUUAGGCCUAGGGUAUGAAUCAAUUCAUGUGUGCAAGAACAAUUGUUGUUUAUUUUACAAUGACCAUGCAUCGAAAGAUUUUUGCCCGGUAUGUGGGACCAGUAGAUGGAUUAAUGAGAACACAAGUGGAAAAAAGAUAGCGCAUAAGGUGAUGCGUUACUUUCCAUUAACUCCAAGAUUGAAAAGAUUAUACAGUUCAAGAAUUACAGCCAAAGAGAUGGUAUGGCAUCGUACUGGGCGUGUGAAAGAAAAUGGUGUUAUGCGUCAUCCUGUUGAUUCUGCCGCGUGGAAAAACUUUGAUAGCAGACAUCCGGACUUUGCAAGAGAUCCACGGAAUGUGCGCUUAGGCUUGGCUGCCGAUGGAUUUAAUCCUUUUGGCAACAUGAGCUUAUCGUAUAGUAUGUGGCCUGUAGUUUUGGCGAAUUAUAAUUUGCCACCAUGGAUGUGUAUGAAGGAUAACAAUUUCUUGUUGACUCUCCUUAUUCCCGGACCUAAAUCACCUGGUAAAAACAUGGACGUAUUCUUGAGGCCUUUGGUGGACGAGCUAAAGGAAUUGUGGACUAACGGGAUUGAGACAAGAGAUGCGACAAGCAAUUCAAUGUUCAAGAUGCGUGCAGCUCUUCUUUGGACAAUUAAUGAUUUUCCCGCUCGCAGUAGCUUGUCUGGAUGGAGUGGCCAAGGAUAUAAAGCUUGUCCUACAUGCAAUGAGGAUACUAGUUCUAUUCGAGUGAUUGGUAAGACCUCUUACGUUGGCCAUAGACGUUUCUUGCCAUCCAAUCAUCGUAUGAGAAAGGACCGUGAAUUUGAUGGAAAAGUUGAAAAGAGGCUUCCUCCAAGACGAUUUACUUGUUUAGAGAUAUUAAAACAAGUGAAUGUUAUAUCAGAACGAGCUCCGGGGAAACGAAAAAGAGGUGAGACUGAAAGUAAUUGGAGGAAAAAAAGCAUCUUUUAUGAACUAGAGUAUUGGAGUACCAAUGAGCUGAAACACAACAUAGACGUUAUGCAUGUGGAGAAGAAUGUUUGUGAUAGUAUCCUUGGCACCCUCUUGGAUAAUGACAAGUCUAAAGACACCACCAAUGCAAGACAAGAUUUGAAAAAUAUGGGAGUUCGUCAAUCCUUAUGGAUUUACGAAGAUGCUCACAAAAGGUUGCUAAAACCCCAUGCCCCUUAUGUGUUGACUGCUGAAGAUAAGCAAUUAUUUUGUAGAUUUUUUAAAGAAGUUAAAUUGCCAGAUGGGUUUUGUUCGAACUUGAAGAAGAAAGUAACUGACAACAAUAUUGUUGGAUUGAAAUCCCAUGACUGUCAUGUUAUCAUGCAACGGUUACUUCCUGUUUGUAUUGGCAAGUUUUUAUCGAAGGAAAUAUCAACCACCAUAAUAGAAUUGUGUAAUUUUUUCAGAAUUUUAUGUUCUAGGACAUUGAAUGUAAAAGACAUGGAGAAGGCACAAGGAGACCUCAUUCAAAUUUUAUGCAAAAUGGAGAGGAUUUAUCCUCCAGCAUUUUUUGAUAUCAUGAUACAUGAUAUCAGAUGA